AUGGUAGAGAGAGGUAUUCCAACACAACAACCUCUUCAGUUUAUUCAGACACAAAAAGAUUUAACACCGGAGAUCUUCAAAACAUAUUUUAUACCAUACACAACGUAUAAUAAAGAAUUGUUUGUUAAGACUUUGAAAAUGGUGUCUGUUGGCGACUAUUACAAAGCAAUUGAGAAACGAUCGACGCUCUAUUUUAAAAUUAUUUCGAUGUACAAAGUACCACUGAAUAUUGACGAAUUGAUCCAAUUGAAUUUCUCACACGAAAUUGUCGAGUUGAUUUGUAACCAAAUUCCUCAGAAAACACCAAACGAUUUAAAUUUAGACUACUUGUCGUUCUGGUAUUUCUAUUUGGCGCUCGGGACGCGUCAUGACGUUUUCUUCACAAUCGAAGUCAUCAUCUAUUUCCACAGACUCUUUCUUUUCCCUCCAUACGUCUUGUGCCAAUUACUUCCACCAGUAAAAUACAUCCAAGAAAUCCCUCCAAGAGUCGUCAUCGAUAUUUUUCAAUAUGAGCACUUUGCUUGUCUCCUCCCCCUCCAUUUGUAUCAAGUUCUUCAUGGUAAUUUGAUUGUUCCAGUCACGUUAUUGGUACAACCUUGCCUCGUGCACUUCGCAAAGAACUUUACAAAAAACAGUGGGCUGUGCGAAAGACUCUCUUUCGACUUUUUCCCACUCAGUCUUGUCGACCCACUCAUCCACUUGUUACCAAGAAAGGAAGCUCCCAAAUUCCAAACCGCUUCACAGAAAAGAACAAUUAACGACGUCCUCCAAAAUUUACCGCCAUGUAUCUACCUCAUUCAUGCAAAGGCAUCACAUGGGGAACAAAUGAAGUACGACGCGCGGCGGCAAAUCGUCGUCUUUUUCAAAAAUGCUGGUGUGGAGUUGAAUGAAGCGAUGGAAUAUAUGCGCGCCAGACUCGAUGUUAUGCGAGGGAAGGAAAAAAAACAGCUCGAGUACUUCGUUGAGCACUGUUAUGGCAUGAGAGGAAAUCACAUCGACUUCAAACCGGAUUUGUGUAAAAACUUGAUGUCUCAAUCCAUGUGUAUUGGUGGGCUUCACGGGUGCAUUCUUUGUAAAAGGCAAUACAACAAUGAGUUCAGGAAAAAGUCUCUUGAAAGUUAUUUGGAAUACAUAGGUGUCGAGAUGUCCGACAAGGAGAUGGUUGAGUUACUCCAGAUGGAGGAGUGCAGUGCGUGUGCCCAACUCCUCAACAUGAGCAGUAGAGGUGUUGGUGAUAUUGAAGAAAUCAACUCACCCAAUUUAUUUUGUGAGUAUAAGAUCUCAAAGAAGGUCUGA